AUGACUGAAGCCAAACAAGAUUUAAUUGAAUUAUCAUCAAAUCCUUUAGAUGUAUGGAUAAAUACACAUUAUGAUGAAUUGUGUGCAGGUAUGACGUGUGAAAAUGCUCUAUUCUGCAAACCAUCAGACAUGAAAGACAAAAACUUUCAAAUGAGUAUUAAGGAUAAAUGUGAUAGGAAACAUAGAAGAAUAGACGGUAAACAAACAUGGUAUUAUGUUUUGAAAGAAGAAAUGAAAGGAUUAUAUAAACAGGUUGAACCAAACGAUAAUGAGGAAUCAUUUACUGAUGAUGAAAUACCUGUAAAUGAAGCUUUAUAA